AUGGUUCAAUUCUCCACUCCACUCAUAUUCGUUAACGUCGCUGAUACAUACGUGAACAAUGAAUCUUCAGCAGUUUCUGCACAUUUGAAAAAUUCCGAUAUAACAUGUUUUUCCUACUAUUCGAGUAAGUGUUGCAACUUUCAAAGUAGUCCUUGCAGAAAUGUAGUGAUGAACAGCAUACCCGUGAUGGCAUUACUCGUUCAUCGACGAAAAAUUCACAGAUAUUAA